AUGAAUAUGUUCAUGACACAAUACGAGAACAGGAAUCAUAUGCGAAGACUACCAACAAACUACCAAUCCAACAAAAUGGCGUACUAUCUGCCACACCAUGGUGUGCUAAAACCGGACAGUUCUACGACUAAGCUAAGAGUCGUCUUCAACGGAUCGAGCCCAUCCUCGACCGGACGAUCAUUGAAUGACAUAAUGCACACCUACGCCGACCUAAACCCAAACAUUGUAGAUGUACUAAUUUGGAUCCACAAAUACAGGUACUUAUUCUCCACAGAUAUCACAAAGAUGUACCGACAGAUACUGGUCCACCAAGACGACUGGGAUCUACAGCGAAUCCUGUGGAUAGACGAACUGGGCAACGAGGUCAUUUAUCAAUCAACCACUGUCACAUAUGGGACCAGAGCGGCCCCAUUUCUAGCUGUACGAACACUCCUUCAACUCAUACAAGACGCUGUACCCCCUAUAAAAUACGGAAGAUACGUGGACAACAUCUUUGGCGGUGCAGACAAUCCAACUCAACUAGUAGGGACAACAACACAAUUAAGAGACCUCUGCAUGGCGGGCGGAUUCGCGCUAGCAAAAUGGCACUCUACCAACGAAGAAGUAAUAACCGCCAUUGAGGUCCCGCCAAAUCCGAAACAGUCUUUCAACUUAACCGAAGAUGCCACCAAAAUUCUAGGACUGCAAUGGAGGUCCCACGAAGACAUCUUCUCAUUCUCAACAUCAUUGGCUCCCCAAGCAACCACCACCUCAAAGCGUACCAUUCUCUCUGACAUUGCAAAAUUGUUUGAUCCAUUGGGAUUCGCAUCUCCCGUAAUAAUACGAGCUAAAUUACUACUCCAAGAACUAUGGCUCCACUCAGUUGAAUGGAAUGAUCCCCUCCCAGCUCAAGUUGUCAAUCGAUGGCACACCAUCAGAAGAGAAUUACAAACACUAAACGAAUUAACCAUACCUCGGUGGUUCAAAACAAAGGAAACAUCCAACAUAGAACUACAUGGAUUCGCUGACGCAUCGCAACUAGCAAUGGCUGCCGUCAUAUACAUGGCAAUAUACAAUGAAGAAAAUGAACCGACCGUCACAUUCAUAUGUUCAAAAACAAGGGUGGCACCACUUAAAAAACUAACAAUAACUAAGCUAGAAUUAACAACCGCAUUACUACUAUCAAAGCUCACCACACGCAUCAAAACUUCACUAAAUUUAAGGAUAAGGGCAACACAUCUAUGGACGGACUCACGAGUAAACCUGACCUGGAUCAAGGCUCACCCAUCACGAUGGAAGGAAUUUGUGUGCAACAGAGUCACACAAAUUCAAGAACUCACAGCAGAAGCACAAUGGAGGUAUGUGCCCGGAACCUCAAAUCCAGCCGACUGCGCAUCCAGAGGACUCACCACCCAACAACUUAAAACUCACCCUUUAUGGUGGACUGAUCCUCCAUGGACACUAACUCCAAACUCGUGGCCAACACAACCAAUUGACAAAGAGGACCAAUGCGACCAGGAAGCCCGUCCAAGCAUCUCGUUAAUCGCCACUAUUAAAACGUCGGAAUACGACUAG